GUCUGAUCUGCAGGUGGCAGAAUAUCAACCAGCAGCUCAAAGCUGUUGGGUUGAAAACCAAGCAAGCCUGGCCCAGCAUCUCAGUGGUGAAAGAGAUGGUGAAGCCUCUGGUUUGCUCUACUGAGUUUAGGCCCGUGGCUUGGUUGGAUACGGCUUUUUUGGGCCACUGGUUGUCAUCUUUGGGUGUUAUUUGCACUGUGUGAGCUCAAAAGCACGGUGCCUUUCUAGGACGUGCCAUGCAGUCAAAUGAGAGGCCCUCAGAAAUCGAGUUUCAUCUGAAAUCCCUGUCAACUGUUAGGCAAAUUUUGAGUGAGAACAGCUUUACAAACUGUGAGCGCUGGUUGUAAGAAGCAUCGCUGUUUUCACAUUACACAAAGCCUUCCUUGUUCAUCUGCUGAGCUUCAGUUUUGCUUCAGUGAGGGGAAAGAGAGGUUGUUAAUAACGUGUUCUUGUAAAGAAAUGCUGUUGCAGGAGACUCAGAAAAGGGACCUAAGCCUUCACUGUGGUCUGUUUCUGGCUGUUAUACAGGACCACUAUGCUGGGACACCAAUGGGAUCAGCCCUUCUGCUGCACUGCCUUCAUAGCUGCAGAAACCUCGUGCUUCCAGAGCCAGUCAUGCGACCCAUCUUCUGCUUCAGAACAACAGCCGCAACCUCGCCCCUAUCAAGGGGUCCGUGUCAAAGAGCCAGUGAAGGAGCUGCUGAAAAGGAAAAGGGGAAAUGUCCGUAAUGCCACUGCAGCAGCAGCCACGACGGUUGUUUUGCCCCACCAGCCGCUCCCUUCCUACUCACCAAUGGGCCAGCCAUGUAUCGAUGUGGAUGCUGCUGCCCCUGCACUACCCAGUGCAGAGGAAGGAGCCCUCUGUUCCAGCUGGCUCUCCCAGCCCUCUCCAUCAUCCCUGCAGCCUUUGACUCAGUGGACCACUUACCCCGACUACGUGUCCCACGAAGCAGCCAGCUGUCCUUACACUGCAGACAUGUACAUUCAGCCCAUGUGUCCCAGUUACACGCUGGUUGGACCUUCAUCUGUGCUGACCUAUGCGUCUCAGCCACUGAUCACCAAUUUUGCACCCCGAAGCAGCACCCCGGCCGUGGUGCCUCAACUGGAGGUGACGGAGCAGCAGCCACCCCUCACUUACUUCCCAUGGGCACAGCCGCUCUCAGCAUUGCCUGCCCCAACCCUGCAGUACCAACCAGCCUCUUCCACGCUUCCCACACCGCAGUUUGUGCCCCUGCCCAUCUCCAUCCCUGAGCCGGCCCCGCAGGAGCUGGAGGAUGCCCGGAGAGUCAUCGGCACGCUGCCCAUAGAGAAGCUGCUUCUAGAAGAUGAAGACAAUGAUACGUAUGUGUUAAACCACGCUCUCUCUGUUGAAGGGCUUUAAGUUGUUCAUCUUGGAUCCAGUCCUCGUGUACUCAGUGCUCCAAGUGGAAUCACAACAAGCAUUGAGUACAGAGGAAAUCUGGCCCAGGGGGUGAGGGCAGUGAGUUGACUUGAAGGUUUUAUUGUCCACUUCCAGCGCAGCGUGGCUGAGUGCUGAGUGAAACUUGCUUUGUCCUGGGGCCCAGCACCCAAAGUCUGUGUUGUUACAGCCCCAGCACAAGGUGACUUUCAUCUCACAGCCUGAAAUGGGCAAACCACAGCAUAGCCAUGGCCAGUGUAUGGUGAGGGUGCCCUCGCCUCUUAAGUGUUGGCAUGACCUUUCCAGUAGGACUGCUUUGUAGAGCUCAGUGUAAAUGCCUUGUGUGUCCCUUUGCUCUGUCUGUAGAGCUGUUUAUGCCACUAGAAAAUGUUCGGGGGCCUGAAUUGGUGUUUUUUGGACUCUAAAUUUCCACCUUGGAAAUGGGAGGCUGGUUCUGUGGCUGGUAAUGCUGUGUGUUCUACCAAUGGACAGAUCCUGGUCCCAUUGACGUCACUGAGAGUUUUGCCUGAGUCAGGAUUGCACAACAUGGCCCCAUAUCAGCAAAUCAUUGAGAAGACAGGGUCUUCCAAAAUCUGGACUUCAGCCUAACAAGAAAUUCAUGACAUUACUAUUAGCUGGCAAUGCUUCUGUUUCUUCUGUAGCAUUUGAGAAUGAAGUUGGUGGUGUGCUGAGCCAGGGAACCUCAGUGACCUCUCUUGUGCCUUACUGCUAUGGAAAGUUCCUCUUCACUGUAGUUUCCCAAGCUCACAGGUGCACACAUUCUCUUUAUGGCUUUCUGGUUUGCUUUCCCAGACAGUGAGUAGCUUUACCUUUUCCUCUGAUGCCGCUGUUAAUAUGGUUGUUGAUGUCCAGGAGUGCCGUGCCGCAUACAUACUUGUAGGAGAUGUACCCCCUUUUGAGCUUUGUUUAUCAUUACCUUAAGAAACCAAACGAACUGGAGGCUCUUGGCUGAUGAACACAAUUUCUCUGGGUUUUUCUGCUUUCUGAAGCCCAGGAUCUUUAACUGAAUUCAGUGCUUGUGAGAUUAUGCAAAGUAAUUUAUUGCAUUGCUGCCUGCCUGGUGCCUAGCACUCCAGUUGCCACCCAGGCAAUAUUUCAAGUAACCUUAAUGGUUUAUGCCUGAGUGAGGUUUGCAAGAUCAGAGCAAAAGUCUUGAGGACUUUCAAAGCAUAUUCCACUGCUUAAUAUUCACCAAUCUAGAAGACGUGAGCAGUAGAUCACAUAAGUGAUCAUAAAGUCACUUGAAAAUAGCAGUAGUCCAGGCGCAUUGAAAUUAGUGGCUUAUAUUAGCAGAAAAACCCAGCAAAGAAAUGAAUUAGAAGGAGUUUGGUUCACCACUGCUUACUCCAGCUUUACGAGCACAGAAUCACUCAGUAAAACUGGGAUAAUAGGUGUGUGAACCAAGCCCGUGGUUGCUAAGAUUGCAUUUGAUUUCCUUUCACUUCAAUGUAUGUAAAUUCUCUGUGUGGAUACCAAAGAUGAACUGCUUCAGAAUUUCUUUCUGGGUUGUUCUGGUUAGAAAAAGACAAAUUAUUCUCCAAUAAAGAUCUAUAGUAACUUCCA